AUGGGUGACCGAGGCAGUGGUGGCGGUGGUGGCGGUGGCAAUGGUGGUGGGCAGAUCACUUACCCAUCAUUGACGACAACCAACUACACCAGUUGGAGCAUUCGUGUCCAGGCGAUCAUGGAGGACCAGGGAGUAUGGGAGAUCAUGGAGCCGUCGGGGGAGACGUCGGAGCAGGGCGCGGCGGCGGCGGCAAAGGCGAAAGACAAGAAGGCGCGGGCGCACUUGCUUCAGUGCUUGCCCGAUGAUCUGCUGAUGCAAGUCGCGGCGAAGAAGACCGGGAAGGAGGUCUGGGAUUCAUUGAAGGCGAGAUUCGUCGGUGAGGAGCGCGUCAAGGACGCGCGGCUGCAGACAUUGAAGAGUGAGUUCGACGCGAUGAGGAUGAAGGAGGACAAGUCAAUCGAUGCUUAUACCGGGAGACUGACGGGAUUGAAGAAGCUCUUCGACACCGUGCCAGAGUGCUUCAUCAACAUGGUCGACGGGAUCGAACAAUUUUACAAUAUGAAGAAGUUGGUGUUCGAGGAAGCAGUGGGGCGGUUGAAGGCGUAUGAAGGGCGCACCAAGCGGAGAGCAGUUGGUGCUAAAUCAGAUAGUGAUGUUGAUGAUGGCAAUGCACAAGGUGAUCAUCAGACAGGUGAUUCAUGGGGAGCUUCUAGUGGUGGACAACAUUCAGUGGCAGUAGGUGGCUCUAAAUCAGCUGCUACCGAGAAUCGGCCAGUGACUGUUCAUAGUCCGACAACAACAGUACAGAGUGCAACACCACAGAAUUCAGCUCAGGGUUCAUGGUGGAAUCAAGUAGCAAUGGAUCUAGAUGACAAUGAUGAUCUAGAGGAUGAGCCAUAG